GUCGUGCCACGUGGAAGCCAUCGCCGUGGGACUUUGGUCACUGCGUGAAGCCACCGUCACCGGAGCCCUUCAUCUCAGCAGCUUCACCGGUCAACGGCGCUUCACCCAAGUCCCUCGCACGAGGCCACCGACACCAGCGCAUCUCCCGACGACGACCAUCCGGAACCUCCUCAGCGGCAGUGUCAACGGAUUCGUCGAGCGUCGUGCGCCGCACAAGGCGAUAUCCCCGAGACCGAAAUCUACAGUGCUACGCAACUCCCGUGCACGACAGUCCAGUGUACUCUUUCCCCGGACGGCAGUCCCCUCGGAGAGUAUAUCUGACGUCACACACGAGAGCCAACAGCACCUUUCGCUCAUCAUCCUUCUAACGAGACAUGGAAAAAGUAGGCGAAUUGAGAUCUCAGCUCAGGGCGUAUAGAAACGCCUCAGCUAACGAGCAAACUCGAGCAGACUGCUUCCGGGCAGACCGGGAGUUGGAACUUUUCGAGUCAUAUCUCCGAACAACACUCGACCGCCGGGAGACGCAUCUCCUCAUGGCCAGACAUCACAACUCCUCUAGCCACCCGGUGCUCUACGAUCCUCAAUUACCGCAACUUUUUGUAAACAACGAGCCAGCGCUCCGACUGUUUUUACGCGACAUCCGAUAUAGAGUUAACAAAACAGCUCUUCACAAAUGUCUACUAGAUCAAGGUUGUACCGAUUUCGAAAUCGUUAGCGUUAAAACAAAAAAAUCCGGGUCAGUAGCGACAGUAAUCUGCAACUCGUUCGCAUCAUCGGGCGCGAUGCAGGUUAAAUCUUGUAAAAAAGAACUCGUUUUCACUGAUCCCAACGGCAAACAGUCACACAUCAAGACUAAACCGGAUCAGUUUAUCACUCAAAACGCGCUGCUACCUGCACAAGCGAUCAAACGGGAAACUUCCAUCCUACCGGAUAACCUUACUCGCUUAUUCAACCAAAGCGACCCAGUGCUUACGCUGUGGAAUUACCUUAGCGCGGACGACAUUUUUAACUUGUAUAUAGCAUGUCAUGAAAAUUCGAUUUUUCAUCGCCUAGGUAUUCCUUUCGACUCAUCUAGCAUUAGAUAUUCUGGUCCGAAUGGCCUAAACCAAAUGCUAGAAGACGCAACGACAUUUACCUUUCGUAGCAUUAGUUUUUCGUCAAACGCAAACGUCUUUGAGACACCCUUUGUAAAUAAGUUUUUUAAAGCAUGCGCAAAUCGUUGUAAAAACUCUACGAGACGAGUAGGCAUGCACCUAGUCGAUCUCUCAGCGGUUGCGAUCACUCGCGAAACGAUCAAAAUCCUAGCAGAUCACUUCGCAGUCCACAAGCUUGUUCUCGGUAAAACACCCGGGGGCUCUGAAGAAAACUUAGAAUUAGAAAAACUAAGCACGUUAAGCCUGUACAACAAUCUACACUUAUCACUUAAAUUCCUAACAAAAGACUGUUUCUCGUAUCUACGUACAUUAAGAAUGGUAGGGUGCAACGAAGUCCCCAUGGACAAACUUUUUAGUUUUGUAAUCUGCAACCAGCAACUCGAAGAGUUGGUAUUCACCGACAGUCAAAGCAGAAACCAACAUACCGCAGACUUAAGCGUAGCAGCGAUUUCGGGAAGUAACGUGUUGGAAAAGUUUCAAUUUAAUUACUCAGCUGCAAAAACCUUCCGAACUCACUUGAUCCCAGACUUAAUCUGGAACGAGUCGAAGUCUAUCAAAUCCAUCGAUUUAGAGAACAACACUUUCUUUCAAAAACAUACCAACACCUUGCUUUCCAAACUGCCUAAUGUACAACAUGUAAAUAUUUUAGGAUUAGAUAUCGAUCAAGUCUUAGUUCUAAGUAGCUGUGAGCAAAUCUUGUCAAUCAAAAUUAACUACGGAGAAAACCUAGUUAGCACGUUGUAUAGCUUGAUUCCGACUAGAGUCAAGUCUAUAGAAAUAGUAAACUUACUAGGUAAGAAAAAAACCAAAGCGAUGGACAUAUUCUGCAUUCGCGACUUGUUCCAUUCUCGAGAUCAGCUUUACAUUAAGCUCACCAAUUGCAAAAUAGCAAUUCCGAAUAAUCUCGUCAACUACUUUGCGGCGAACCACGUUCAAAUUACGCGAACAAGCAACACGUGCGAAAUCAGCAAAACACCAAAGGAAACUUAAGUACAACUACGAAUACAAGAAAAUACUUGUACGAUCAAACACUUGUGAUCUCAGUUCCUAUUUAUAGACUAUUAUUUUGUAAAGCGUUGAACCACACGCACCAGCGAAUAGCUC